GGGGGGACACCAUGAGCCGUUUUCAGACACAACCCGACCGGGGCAACGAGACAACAACUACCUGCACCGAACAGAUAAGAAAACUUCAACGGACUACCCUCUACAUAACACCGCCGAAGAAAUAUCAAGAUGAAGACCGCAACGUUCAACAACUUUUACUCCACUGCAUCAUCAAACUAUUUCAGAGCAAUGAAGAUAUGCACCGUGCUGCUACUGGUGGGGUUUCUCGGGACCUCGGCCACCCCCAUCCCGACGACUUCUUCCCCCGGCUUCCCUCAAGAAAGCCCGUUCGAUGUUCUCAUGAACGACCGAAGCAUCGCUGACAGACUGUACAGAAAAGCUGACGCAGCCUACACCACUUUCAUUCAGGACGAAUUUGACGGGAACUCUGGAUACUGUGCGGAACAGAUCACCUGGGACGAGCUCAUAAGUGUCCGAAUGACCCCCCUGGAGUGGAGAAACCUCGGGGACGAGGAGCGUAUGCAGCGCAUGCGCAGUGACCUGCAGAUUUUCGGACAGUACUUGGAAGAGGUCAAGUUGGACGAACUGGACAAGGAGGGACACACGGACACCGCUGACAAAGUGGACGAAACCAUUCACCAGCUCAGCACACUGAUGACAGCCAUAGACGUUACGAACAACGUCUUGGGUUUCUCAUCUCCAACUGGCACCGCCGAAAUUCAAAACAUCCAGUUCCGGGACCCCUUCAGCGAGUUCGCCCGCUCCAUCCGCGACUGUGUCGUUCUACGAGACUUCAGGGUCCUCGUACAGAGAGUGCACCGGGACUUCACACUACUCAGCCAAAAGUACCAAUAGAAUACCUCCUAGAAAUCACGUGGUCUUCACGUGGCUUUCUUAUAGAAAUCACGUGAUCGUCGCGUGACACGACGUAUGCUUCGAAAGCAUUAACGUAGUCAUUCCGUCCUUUUUUUAUUUAUUUCUGGUAUCCAGUCAGGAUUCAGAAAAAAAGUUGGCUCAAUAUAUGAGCUGGUAAGCUUAAAUUAUUGUUGGAAACAUAAAAUGAGUCCAAUACUGGUUUGCUAGCGUAUUGUGUCAACUGUAAUGUGCAAUAUUACUUAUUAGGAGCGUAUACAUUCCAGUGAAAAUUAUAUUCCUAUAGACCCUUCGGUGAACAUGAAAAUUUAUACGAUAUGAAUAAGAAAUAUUCUAUGUCAUGCGAAUGUGAGAAAUAUUUUGAUAUCAAGUUCAGACAGUUUGUUAACUUAUUUAUUUAUCUAUCUAUUUAUUUAUGUUACUUGUGUGGUCAUAUUAUAACUUAUGGUGAGCUAAUUUAUGGUGACUAGGGACCAUAGUACCUUCUUGUUUCUUAAUUUAUUUGAGAUAUUUAUUAUAAGGCUAUAAUACUUUGUUGACAAACCAGCGAAGAUUAUAUUCGCUGUUAUAUUGUGUGGAUCUAUCUUUUAUAUGUUUCAGAGAGUUUCUAUCUAUUUAUAUCUAUUUAUAAGUUUGUAAUGUUCAAACUUUUUAUGUGUUGUCGGGACCAUAUGAAAUGAAAGAUUUAUACUAUUUAUGACAUGUUUUAUUUAUGAAUCUGGGUACGAAUUUUAUAAACGAAGUUAAUAAUUUAUUGACAAAUAUGCUGCUGUUAUAAGACAAGUUCGAUUAAUAAAAUUGAACACGUCACUUAUA